CUCCGCAAUUGCCGGCCCAACUUUUUUGAGAGCCAGUACUUCCGUCAUUAAUCGGAGUCAGUAUUCAUUGUUCACACACUGCAUCUUCCAAAGUUUGUGACUGCCAUAAUUUUUGAGAGCUCAUGGCGAACAGCAGCAGUACUGAUGUCAAGGUUCUGGGUGCAUGGCCGAGCCCAUUCGUGAUAAGGGUUCGUAUUGCACUGAACAUCAAAUCUGUUAAGUAUGAGUUUCUUGAAGAGACACUUGGUUCUAAGAGCCAGCUUCUUCUCCAAUCAAACCCUGUCUACAAAAAAAUCCCAGUUCUCAUCCAUGGCGGGAAACCCAUCUCUGAGUCUCUGAUCAUUGUUCAGUACAUUGACGAGGUCUGGAGCUCUGGUCCUUCCUUCCUCCCUUCUGAUCCCUACGACCGUGCUAUUGAACGAUUUUGGGCUGCUUAUGUUGAUGAUAAGAUUUUCCCGUCCAUGAAACUCAUUAACACUGCACAAGGAGAGGAAAAGGCUGCAAUAGUAGAACAAGUGACUGAAGGACUUGUGCUGUUGGAGGAAGCAUUUCAGAAGAGCAGCAAAGGGAAGGCUUUCUUUGGAGGAGAUCGAAUUGGGUUCCUUGAUAUCGCUUUCGGAUCGAUGUUGGGUUGGCUGAGGGCUAUAGAGAAGAUGGGCGGGGUGAAGCUGCUCGACGAGGCAAAGACUCCUGGACUGGUGCAAUGGGCGGAGAGCUUCUGCGCGGAUGGUGCUGUUAAGGGUAUUAUUCCUGAUACCGAGAAGCUCGUCGAGUUUGCUAAGAUUUUGGUGAAAAUGAAAGGAGCUCCUCUAGGCAAAAAUUAGUUAGUUUGUGUGGACAACUAGCUAGGUUUCGUCUUGAACUUUAUGGUAGCUGAUCAUUGGAUGGCAUCAGUUUAUCAUGUCUGAUCUUUUGCUAGGAGACGAAACUUUUGUACGUCCAUAUGGUACCUGAAAAGAGUGGUGAAUAAUAAAUUUGACUUGCUUAUA